AUGCCUCUUCAAGGGAAAUACGAAGUUAAACUUGGUCGAAGCUUUCUAGAUCCUUCACAGAACUGUUUCAUGACUAUGAGAUGUGACUUCUUACCAGCGUCAGUUGAUAGAGAGCAACCAGGAUCGAUAAAAAUUGUGAAUGAAAAAGAAGUUGACGUUCGGCUACCUAAUGUUCCUGGUGCAGAACAGUCUUCUACUCUACUCAAGGGUAACAUACGUCCUGUUCAAAAAGAAUGCCUUCUUAUUUACAACAAAACUACUGGUGAGUUGACUCUGGAGCGGAUAUCCAAGGCUGCACAACUGAAGAAUGUUCGAGAUGGCCCACCGAGCAAAAAACCAAGUGAUUCCACCCAGACCUCACUGCCCUCACAGUCCGCCAUUGCUCCCAAUCAACCUUCCAAGCCAAAAGUUCGGACCAUGUCUGAAUCUAGUUCCGAAUCGAGUGUCCGGCUUCCAAAACCGAAGCGCACUUCCCCUCCCGAUCAGCGUCCUCCACCUUCCUCAAAUUUAAAGCGGUCUACGUUGAGCUCGUCCUCGUCCUCCUCAUCUUCGAGCAUUAGCGAAUCCGGGAGCCUCACUAACUCUCUCCAGAAGCAGCGUCAUCGACAACCCUCCAGUCUUUCGAGUCUCAGCGAGCUGGACGACAAACCUACCCCUGCUCCUCCCCCCGCUACGCAGCAGCAGCAGCAGUCGAUCUCGAAGGGUCCCACCACCUCGCAGCCAUCGGCCUCAAUGCAGCGCGCUCUGAUGGCCAAUUACUUACAUCUCAGUGAAUCCGAAUCGGAAGAGGAUAAUGAGGAGUCUUCGUAG